AUGUCAGCUGGCGGCUGCCGUGUUAUUUCUUUGAAAAAACUGUGAUAAAAUCUGUCGGAAAUUAAUUUCUGUGAUACACCAGAGAAUAAAAUAUUCCACAAACAUCAUAUAUCAAAUCAAUGUGAAGUGAAAAUAUGUCAAAAGUUAGUCAACGGUGGCACGCGAUUUCUCUUGCAUUUGUAGGGUUUGUGACGAGAUAAAAUGAUUUUAUGCCUGACUAAGUCUCUGUAAAUAAUUCCUUUAGUUUGUUUCGUUAUGAUAUAAAAGUAUUGACGUAGUAACUUUGUCUCGGAGUGGUUUAUUUGAGUUGUGUUCGCCCCCCUGUUUUUGCACCUGUGUCGACCAAGAACGGAUACUUGUGUUGUCGCUGCGAGGAUCCCUGCGAUAUCAUUAUUUCAUAAAGCAAGGAUUUAAUAGAACAUCACCAUGAACGGCUCGGAAUCCGGGUUCAACCCGGCGUUCAACAUUGCCACUAUUAAACAAGUGGUAAAUGAGGCCAUAGAGAGAGUUGCGCCGGUUUCAGUACGAAUGCCGACGCCAACGCGCCUCCGUGACCUCAUAAGGCAGAUCAGGGCGGCAAGGACAGCCGCCGAAGAAAGGAGUGUAGUGAACAAAGAAUGCGCUUAUAUUAGAUCCACGUUUAGAGAAGAGGACAGUGUUUGGAGAUGUCGCAACAUAGCGAAACUCCUUUACAUCCACAUGCUGGGCUACCCCGCGCAUUUCGGGCAGCUGGAGUGUCUGAAACUCAUCGCUAGUCCACGGUUCACGGACAAACGCGUCGGCUACCUCGGUGCAAUGCUGCUGCUCGACGAGCGCCAGGACGUGCAUCUGCUGAUCACUAAUAGCUUAAAAAAUGACCUGAAUAGCAACACACAAUUCGUAGUUGGGCUGGCGCUUUGCACGCUCGGCGCGAUAGCAUCUCCAGAAAUGGCGAGGGACCUCGCGUCUGAAGUGGAACGGCUUAUCAAAUCUCCCAACGCGUAUAUCAAGAAGAAGGCAGCACUAUGCGCCUUCAGGAUCAUAAGAAGAGUUCCUGAUUUAAUGGAAAUGUUCUUACCUGCUACUAGGAGUUUGCUUACUGAGAAGAAUCAUGGUGUGCUCAUCACUGGAGUGACACUCAUCACCGAGAUGUGCGAGAACAGCCCGGACACGCUAAACCACUUCAAAAAGAUCGUUCCGAACCUGGUUAGGAUACUCAAGAACCUCAUCCUAGCUGGGUAUUCUCCAGAACAUGACGUCAGCGGAGUGUCUGAUCCAUUCCUUCAGGUGAAAAUCCUCCGUCUCCUUCGGAUACUAGGCAAAAACGACGCGGAAGCGUCGGAAGCGAUGAACGACAUACUCGCCCAGGUCGCCACCAACACGGAGACAAGCAAAAACGUUGGCAACACGAUCCUAUACGAAACAGUCCUGUCUAUCAUGGACAUCAAGUCCGAGAGCAGUUUGCGAGUAUUGGCUAUUAACAUUUUGGGAAGAUUCCUGUUGAAUAAUGAUAAGAACAUCAGAUACGUGGCGUUAAAUACUUUGCUACGGACGGUACACGUUGAUAACUCUGCUGUGCAGAGACAUAGGACUACUAUUUUGGAAUGUUUGAAGGACCCCGACGUGUCGAUCAGACGGCGCGCAAUGGAGCUGUCAUUCGCGCUUAUCAACGGGCAGAACAUACGAAGCAUGAUGAAAGAGCUACUCACCUUCCUAGAACGUUCCGACGCAGAGUUCAAAGCACAUUGCUCUAGUGCCAUGGUUCUAGCCGCUGAGAGAUACGCGCCGUCGAACAAGUGGCAUCUUGAUACGUUAUUCAGGGUGCUGCUUAAGGCGGGCAAUUACGUGCGCGACGACACGGUGUCGUCGACCAUCCAGAUCGUGUCGUCGGCUGCGGCCGAACGGCAGGCCUACGCAGCCAUGCGGCUUUGGACCUCACUGGAGCGAUGUGCCGUCAAUGGAGACGCCACUGAGAAGCAACCCUUGGUGCAGGUGGCUGCGUGGACGAUCGGUGAAUACGGAGAUCUGUUGGUCUCGGAUGCGAGUGCAGCCAUUUCUAUGGUCGACGAAGAUGGAGUCGACGACUUUACGCAGCCGUCAGAAGAGUACGUGAUCGACGUGUACCAGAAGCUGCUGUGGUCGACGCAGCUGUCUAUCGCCAGCAAGGAGUACCUGCUCCUCUCGCUGGCCAAACUCUCCACUAGGUUCACCACGCAGCCCAGUCAGGACAAAAUCCGAGUAAUCAUCGACACAUUCGGUUCUCACAUCCAUAUUGAACUCCAACAAAGAGGUGUAGAGCUCUCCCAACUCUACAGACAAUACGCGCACUUGCGCCCUGCGCUGCUGGAGCGUAUGCCGCCGAUGGAGGCCCCGGGAACGGGAGGCAACGCUGCUGGCGACGACGCCACAGAGCCAGACGCCAUGCAGGAGACCGAUGCUCUCUCCAGCUAUACCCUCAGCCAGCAUCAGCCGUCGUCGCAGGAUGCUUUGCUGGACUUGAUAAUCGGUUCUGACUCGCUGACGAACGGCGACGUAGAGCACACACCGGUGCCUGCGCAGCCCGCCAACAAUAACACCAAUGAUAUCCUCGAUCUGCUGAGUGGGCUAGAGCUAACGCCGACAAGUGGCGGCGGCAUGACCAAUGUGGCGGGUCUGACAGGUCUGACCGGCACAGUCGUGACAGGCGUGCCCCCGGCUAGCAUCGUCAACAACAACGCGCCGCCCUCUUCGCUCCUCGAUGGCUUCUUUGGGCCUCAGCCCACGCAAACGCUAGCAUCAGAAACAAUAACAGUAACUGCGCUGGAGAAGAACGGUAUCCGCGUGGUGCUGGAAGCUCUCCGAGGCGGUGACACCGUAACAUUGACCAUGCGCGCUGUCUCACAGCUCCAUACGCUGACCGACUUCUUGUUCCAGGCCGCCGUGCCAAGGACAUUCCGAUUAGAUAUGAUGUCACCGUCAGGCACGGUGCUGUCACCAAAAGGCGAGAUCACGCAAGUACUUAAAAUCACCAAUCCAUCCAGAACACCACUUAGACUAAGGAUACGAGUGUCGUACACCGUGGACGGCAACCCAGUGUUGGAGCAAGCGGAGGUGAACAACUUCCCCGCGGACCUGUUCAACUGACGAGUGGCUAGCCCGCCCGGCGCCAGCCUCUAGCCCAACACGUCGCCCACGGCCCGACCAGCCACAACCUCGACGGAUGUACGGACACAAGGACUGAUUCGGCUUUUCAGACUGAUGUAUUGACUUUGGAAAGAUUUUACUCUAGUGGUCACUUUUUCUUCUGACAGUUUCCUACUCUUGGUAUUACUUUCAAAUUUUAUGUUACUAAGUUUAAGUGUACGAGCUUUGGAACAUGUUGUCACCCUUUUUCUAGAUUUUCAUGAUUACUUUCUAUACUUCGUUUAAGUUUGUGAAAAUAUUUCUAUACUGAAUAUGUAAAUUAGAAAAGAGAUAAAAAGAAUGUAUCAUUAUGUAUAUGGAAUGAACAGGACGGAAUGCAUUUUUAUUACGAACUAUUUUGACUUUUUUUAUUAAUUGUCUUUCCCAAAGUUGUGGUUGAUCAUUAUACCACACAGACUUAUCGGAUCUAAUAUCAAGUCGUGUUUAAGUUUUCUACUUCGGUAUGCAGUAUAUACAGUGUUCCGUUAGUGUCCCGUCAUCUCGCAUGGUGUUAUCAUAUUCUACUUAAUUAAUAAUCUAUACUUUUGAAUUUCGAGAAAUAAGCAGUAUGUUUUUGUUAAAAAUAUUUGAACAAAAACCGCAAAUUCAAUGUUCAACAUACUUUUUAUUUCGAGAUAUUUUCCUUUAUUUCUAUUUUUUUAUCGCCAUCAACCAAUGUCGUGUUGGAGACGUACUAGUUUUUUAGUUAACACGUUUAGAGGUUAGUUAACAUUCCACUGUAGGUAAGAUUGAAAGACUACCCUUUAGUCAGAAAACAUAGGGCACUGUGUAAGAAACGAAAUAGUAGAACAAUUUAAAUAAUUUUCCAUGUAAUACAGAAUUUUAUACAAACAUCAAUUGAACAUUACAAUAACACAAAAAAUGUUACUAAAAAUUGCUAUAUUCUCAUUACAAUAUUCCUAUUACAAAUUGAGAUUCGUGAUUAUCAUAGAACAUGUAAGACAUUGCAAAAGGGGUUGUAUGAAAUGUGUACUUAAUUAAAUAUAAAUAAACGGAAUUCAUAUUAUAA